AUGAAUGAAAAAAUUAUGAAAAAAUAUUAUAUUGCUAUAAUGUUGCAUGCUCUUUAAGCAUUUUACUCCUCUAAAGAUCAUUUCUAAUAUUAAUAGAAAAUGUAAAUAUUUGAAUUUAUUUUAAUUAGAAUACCAUUCUGUCAUUUCAAUUAUUUAGUGUUCUUCCAAUUCAAAAGGAAUAUAUUUAAUCAAUGUAGUCAAAAAGAUUUGUUCUUGUUUGAACAACAUAAAUGUUGAAUUAUUCGGAUUAUCCAUAAUUUUCUAUUAAAGAGAAAAAAGCUAUUAAGUAGCCCAAAUUUUGAAAAUAGCAGCGGUUAGGCUCAGUUUAAUCAAAUAAAAUAUGAAG